CAAAGGAGGAUAACCUCUUAAGAAAUAGAAGAUCAAAAGGAAGACAUAGAACGUCAAAAGUAUAGCGACGCAACAAACUGUAACUCCCACCUUGCAAAUAAUAUUCUCCUUGACAGCUUCUUUGAACAAUUCAGGGAAAAUAAAGGAUCAGAGAUUUUGAUGAAGCUGAUGAAACUGCAACCAUGACAAGAACACUGCAGAGGAUAUUUCACUUUCUCAUUCUCUCUUCUGCUUUUGUGCUAAUCACUGCACAGAGAGAAGCGGAAACAUUGCUAAACUGGAAAAAUAGUUUAAACUUUCCAACUUUACCUUCAUGGACGCUCAACAGCAGCAGUAGCCCAUGCAACUGGACAGGAAUUCGGUGCAGUGGAGAGGGAAGCAUUAUUGAGAUAAAUCUCGAGAACUCAGGCCUGGAUGGAACUCUUGACAGGUUUGAUUCCUCAUCGUUUCCUAACCUUAGUUCACUCAAUCUCAAUUUGAACAAUCUCGUAGGAGAUAUCCCAUCUGGAAUUGGGAAUGCCACAAAACUCAUUUCACUUGAUCUCAGUAGCAACAAUUUCACCAAUCAAAUCCCCCCAGAAAUUGGUAACCUUAAAGAACUUCAAGUUCUUCGUCUCUACAACAACUCACUCACAGGCCCAAUUCCACAUCAGCUAAGCAACCUACAAAAGUUGUGGCUUCUCGAUCUUAGUGCAAACUACCUAAGAGAUCCUGACCCUGUUCAAUUCAAGGGUAUGGCAUCUUUAACAGAGCUGCGGCUUUCCUAUAUCCUUUUGGAGGCAGUUCCUGCAUUCAUUGCUGAGUGCCCAAACCUGAUCUUUCUUGAUCUUUCAGAUAAUCUAAUCACAGGUCAGAUUCCUAUGCCAUUACUAUCUCGUUUGAAAAGACUUGAGUUCCUGAACUUGACAAAGAAUUCAGUUGAAGGACCUCUUUCCACAAAUAUAGGAAAUUUUAGAAAUCUUCGACACCUGAGGCUUGGAAUGAACAAACUGAAUGGUACAAUACCAUAUGAAAUUGGGCUGCUCUCAAACCUUGAAGUUCUUGAGUUGCAUGAAAAUGGGUUUGAUGGUCCAAUGCCCUCUUCAGUUGGGAAUCUCAGGAUGCUUCGAAAUUUAAAUCUCAAAUUGUCAGGCCUGAAUUCCAGCAUUCCAGAAGAACUUGGUUUGUGCUCCAACCUCACUUACCUUGAGCUAUCAUCCAACAGCCUUAUAGGUGCAUUGCCUCUUUCCAUGGCCUCAUUAACACAAAUCAGAGAGUUCGGAAUAUCUGACAAUAAACUAUCAGGAAACAUCCAUCCAUCUCUCUUAUCCAAUUGGUCAGAGCUUGUUUCUUUGCAACUCCAAAUAAAUAAUUUUUCUGGAAAAGUUCCACCUCAAAUUGGAACUCUCCAUAAGCUCAAGCUUCUGUAUCUUUUUCAGAAUCGAUUAUCAGGUCCCAUACCACCAGAAAUAGGAAAUUUGUCGAAUUUGAUAGAGCUUCAAUUGGCCGACAACUUUUUCACCGGUUCCAUCCCUCCAACUAUUGGAAAUUUGUCAAGUCUCACCAAAUUGAUUCUUCCUUAUAACCAGCUCAACGGAAAACUUCCUCCUGAAUUAGGUAAUAUCAAAAGUUUAGAAGAGCUUGACCUGAGUGAAAAUGACUUGCAAGGAACCUUGCCUUUGUCAAUAACUGGCUUGAGAAACCUCAAUUUAUUCUAUGUUGCUUCCAACAAUUUCUCAGGAAGCAUUCCCGAAGACUUUGGCCCUGAUUUCUUGAGAAAUGCAACCUUCUCCUACAACAAUUUUUCAGGAAAGCUUCCUCCAGGAAUUUGUAAUGGAGGGAAGCUUAUCUACUUGGCAGCCAAUAGAAAUAAUCUUGUGGGACCAAUCCCUUCAAGUCUUAGGAACUGCACAGGACUAACCAGAGUCCGCCUUGAACAGAAUCUUCUGGAUGGAGACAUUUCAAAUGCAUUCGGCAUGUACCCAAACCUGGAGUAUAUUGACUUGGGAGACAACCGGCUCUCUGGCAUGUUAUCAUCAAACUGGGGACAGUGCACAAUCCUCUCAAACUUUCGCAUAGCAGGCAACAUCAUGUCAGGCAACAUUCCACCGGAGCUUGGAAACUUAACAGAGCUACAGAAUCUUGACCUCUCUGGCAACCAACUGAUUGGGAAGAUUCCAAUUGAGCUUUUCAGCUCUUCAAAGCUCAACAGAUUUAAUUUGAGCAACAAUCAACUCUCAGGUCACAUACCAGAAGAAGUUGGAAUGCUUUCACAGCUGCAGUAUUUGGAUUUUUCACAAAAUAAUCUAAGUGGGCGGAUACCAGAAGAACUUGGAGACUGCCAGGCACUUAUCUUCUUAGACCUGAGCAAUAACAGACUGAAUGGGACAAUGCCAUACCAGAUUGGGAAUCUAGUUGCCUUGCAGAUUGUGUUAGACCUCAGCCAAAACUUGAUCACUGGAGAGAUAUCCUCACAGCUUCGAAAAUUGACAAGACUGGAAAUACUGAAUAUUUCUCACAAUCAUCUUUCUGGCCCAAUACCAUCUUCCUUACAAGACCUAUUGAGCCUUCAACAAGUUGAUAUAUCACAUAAUAAUCUCGAGGGGCCUCUCCCAGACAAUAAGGCUUUUCGGCGAGCUCCUGCUGCAUCAUUGGUUGGCAAUACUGGUUUAUGUGGGGAAAAGGCACAAGGUUUGAACCCUUGCCGCAGGGAAACUUCAUCUGAAAAGCAUAAUAAAGGAAACAGAAGGAAGCUGAUCGUUGCCAUUGUCAUUCCACUAUCAAUCUCAGCAAUCCUAUUAAUUUUGUUUGGGAUUCUCAUCUUCCGGCGUCAUUCCAGAGCUGAUCGAGACAAGAUGAAGAAGGAUUCAGAAGGCGGAAGCUCAUUUUCUGUGUGGAAUUACAACAAGAGAACAGAGUUUAACGAUAUAAUUACAGCAACAGAGAGUUUUGAUGAUAAGUAUUGCAUAGGAAAUGGCGGUCAGGGAAAUGUGUACAAAGCAAUGCUUCCAUCAGGAGAUGUUUUUGCUGUAAAACGUCUUCACCCUUCUGAAGACAAUGAGUUCAGUAAGGAAUAUCAGCUUAAGAAUUUUAAGGCUGAAAUGUAUUCGCUAGCUGAAAUUCGGCAUCGGAACGUUGUAAAGAUGUACGGGUUCAGUUCCUGUAGCGGAUCAUUGUUUUUUGUAUAUGAGUUUGUUGAGAGGGGAAGCGUGGGUAAGUUGUUGAAUGAAGAGAAAGAGGCAAAGCUCUGGAACUGGGAUUUGAGAUUACAGGCCAUCAAAGGAGUGGCACAUGGGCUGUCUUACUUGCACCAUGAUUGCACACCAGCUAUUGUGCAUCGAGACAUAUCAGCAAACAAUAUUCUGUUGGAUGCAGCGUUUGAGCCUAAGAUUUCUGACUUCGGGACAGCAAGGCUGCUAAGAGAAGGUGAAUCUAACUGGACACUCCCAGUUGGUUCAUAUGGCUAUAUUGCACCAGAGCUAGCCUCUACAGGUCAAGUGACAGAGAAACUAGACGUGUAUAGUUUCGGAGUUGUUGCGCUAGAAGUACUAAUGGGGAAGCACCCUGGAGAAAUGCUUUUACAUUUGCAAUCUGGAGGGCAUGAUAUCCCCUUUUCAAACCUUUUAGACGAAAGGCUUACACCUCCAGUUGGUCCAAUCGUCCAAGAACUGGUUUUAGUAACGGCCCUCGCAUUUUUAUGUGUACAGGAAAAUCCCAUAUCCCGGCCAACGAUGCAUCAAGUUUGCAGCGAACUUUCGGCAAGAAGAAGCCUACAUGUCCCUGCACCUCUCCGCCUCCUCACGCUGCGAAAUCUGAUGAACAUGCUUAAGGAUCAAGCAUCAUCCUCUGUAACUUCUUAUGUGUAAUUUGUGUGUUUCUUAUUCUACACUCUUUCAAAUAAGUUCAAGUAAGAAAAUCAGUGCACUGCGCUGGUGUGUUUGCUACAAACUUUUAGCAGCUAAAAAUGAAGGGGAGAUGCUUGAUAAAA